ACAGUAACAAGAAGGAUGUCAGACACAAUGGGUUUCACUAUAAGAAGGCAAUUUGUACAGUACCAACCGCGUCAAAACCGAGGAGGUGUCUGACAACCCUAACAAGAUCGCAAUGUUAAAGAAACGAGUCUGGGUUUCUUUAAAGCGAAUGACAGAGUCAGCGUUGCGUACUUCUGGCAAAUCACUCAGAAAGAAGUGAAACAAGACGCCAACAGAAGUCUCUGGCAACAAAGAAAACACUGCACGGCAACAAGAGAUAUUUCAACAGACUAGGAUUUUAAAAAGGACUAUUUCUUCUCAGUUGUGAAACGAAGGAAGAGGUGACAUGUUUACAGACGCUUUGUCGCUGGUGCUUCUGUUUCCUAUAACAGCGGAGCUGCUUGGACUUUCUUACGAAGGUUCUGGGAGCAGCUACAAUGAAGUUCAGUCUGAUGUGUCCUACAGCACUCCCCAGCUAGAUUACAGAACUCCCCGCUGGUGCUACCCUCUGUCGCUCUUGAAUGGGGAGGCUAUCUGCUUCUCUCCUCAAGGCGGUAAUUACAGGAGCACCAUGGGGACGCGCUGUGAACUGACAUGUGACCGCGGGUACCGCCUCAUUGGUCAAAGGUUCGUCCAGUGCCUGCCAAACCGCCGCUGGUCUGGAACCGGCUACUGUCGACAGAUCAGGUGCCAUGUGCUGCCGGUCGUGACCUACGGCUCCUACUCCUGCAGCAUGAGCGUGGCGGUGGACUCGCGCUGUGAUUACUCGUGCGCCCCGGGGUACCAGCUCGAGGGAGAUCGCAGCAGGAUCUGCCUAGAGGAGGCGCGCUGGAGCGGCACGGAGCCCAGCUGUGUAGAUAACGACCCUCCGAAGAUCAAGUGCCCUCAGUCCCGGGUGAAGGUGGCAGAGCCAGACAGGCUGGCAGCCAGAGUGUACUGGGACCCUCCCAUCAUCCAGGACAGCGCAGACGCCACGCUGACAGAUGUGACUCUGAAGGGGCCGGGGCCAGGCUCCAUCUUCCCAGAGGGGGAGCACGUUAUCCGCUACCUGGUGUACGAUCAGGCGAGGAACAAAGCAGCCUGCAAGUUCAUUGUGCGAGUGGAAGUGCGAAGGUGCCCUGCUCUGAAGCCUCCACUUCAUGGAUACAUCACUUGCUCCUCAGGGGGCAAUAACUACGGUGCCGUCUGUGAGUACUCGUGCGAUGGGGGCUACGAGCGAAGGGGGGUCCCAUCCAGGGUGUGCCAGUUCAACCGGAACUGGGCUGGAGCCACUCCUGUGUGUGUCAUGAUUCAGGUCAACACUGAUGUGAGGAGUGCCGCAUCGCUCCUGGAUCAGUUUUAUGAGAAGAGAAGGAUACUCAUCAUCUCCACUCCCGAUAUUUCCAAUCAGUACUAUAAACUCCAGAAUAUUAUGGUACAGAGAGCGGGCUGCGGGCUGGACCUGCGACAAGUGACGGUGAUCGAGCUGCUGGGCCUCCCGCCCCGAGAGGUGGGCCGGAUCAAGGAGAACCGCCUCUCCUCCGAGGUCAUCGACGAGCUCAGGCAGGUGAUGAGGAUCUCUCAAGCCUACUUCACCAUGGUCCUGGUGGACAAGCAGGGCAUGGACCGCGAACGCUACAUCGACCCCGUCACCUCGGACGAGCUCUUCUCCUACAUCGACACCUACAUGCUGAGCACCGAGGAGAGGGAGCGCUUGGAGAAGAACCGGGACCACUGCGACUGACGGGACGAGACCGAGAUCACAGGAGCUCCACCAGACUAGAAAAAGAGUUCCAGUGCAGGACUCGCUUUACACCUAACGGGUGACAGACUUGAGAACUGGAAAUACCCUCUCUUACCUUUUUACGCCUCCACAAGUGACUGACUGUUACCCACACUAGUAGUUUUUCCUACAUGUUACUAAAGUGUAACCACAGGCUUUAAAACAGCGGAACAUCUACGAUGAAUACGGGCAUAUAUGUGUGUUUGUUUAGGUUGUAAGGUUUUAAAAAAAAGUUGUACACUUCAAAUGGAUUUGUACUCGGGAGCCUGUACAUUUUCUUUUUUAUAACAAUGAUAAAACUACACACCAGGAUAACCUGUG